AUGGAUUCCUCAUCAACUCAAAGUGGCCGUGACCAAAUGGCUUCAAAAGAUUGUGACACCAUCAUUCCGGCAGCCAAAUACCCUUCCUCCCGACGAACACCUUCUUCUUCAUCGUCAUCUUCACUCGGAUCUUUGUAUUUUCCGGAGGAUUCACCUCUGAGUCCUGCUACACCACUCCGAUUUUCCGGUGUACCCUUUUCUUGGGAGCAUUUGCCAGGGGUUCCUAAGAAGAAGCUGGAAGAUGAGAAGCAAAAAGGGUCCAUAAAGUUGCUGCCAUUACCUCCCCCGGCCACUCCACCCACCUCCAGAAGGAACAAUUUUGAAGAGAUUUUAGCCCGGAAAAAAGCAUCGAAUGCAGGCGGGAAGGAUCCAUUUUUCGCGGCGAUGGUGGAAUGUUGCAAAGAUGAUAAUGAUGAAAAAUCAGGAAGCAAUUUAUGGAGUGGAGUUAAAGUAACAAGGAGUAUCAGUGACAGGUUGGGAUUUAUUAAUCUCUACUCUUCUUGUAAAAGAACCUGUGCUGUCUCGGAAUCAGUAGUGUGUCUGCCAAGGUCUAGCAGAACAGCUAAUUACAGCAUACUUACUACUCGUCGCUCAACUUAA